CGCACUUGGAUUAUCCUUUGUGAUUUUUGCUACAAGCCUGUUUAGGAUUUCUUAUUACUCCGCUAUUGGACCUGACUCCUACACCGACUCUACAGCAGCGAUGAUGAACUUCACUUCAGCCUCGCUUCAGCAGCACCAGGAUGUGGAGCCCGAGCCCGGAUGGAGCGGACUGGACGACCCCUGGAACGGAACACGGAGGGAGACGUUUGUGAGGAGCCCAUCCCCUCUCUGGAGCUCAUCCCCAUCUCCUGUGAGGAGCCCAUCCCCUCUCAGGACCCCAUCACCUGUGAGGAGCCCAUCCCCUCUCAGGACCCCAUGGUCGUCACCUGUGAGGAGCUCAUCCCUUCCCAGGAGCCCAUCCCCUCUCAGGACCCCAUGGUCGUCACCUGUGAGGAGCCCAUUCUCUCUCAGGACCCCAUGGUCGUCACCUGUGAGGAGCCCAUUCUCUCUCAGGACCCCAUGGUCGUCACCUGUGAGGAGCCCAUUCUCUCUCAGGACCCCAUCACCUGUGUGGAGCCCAUCCCCUCUGAGGACCCCAUGGCCGUCACCUGUGAGGAGCUCAUCCCUUCCCAGGACCCCGUCACCUGUGAGGAGCCCAUCCCCUCUCAGGACCCCAUGGCCAUCACCUGUGAGGAGCCCAUCCCCUCUCAGGACCCCAUCACCUGUGAGGAGCCCAUCCUCUCUCAGGACCCCAUCACCUGUGUGGAGCCCAUCCCCUCUCGGGACCCCAUGGUCGUCAUCUGUGAGGAGCUCAUCCCUUCCCAGGACCCCAUCACCUGUGAGGAGCCCAUCCCCUCUCAGGAGCCUAUCCCCAUCACCUGUGUGGAGCCCAUCCCCUCUCAGGACCCCAUGCCCAUCACCUGUAAGGAGCCCAUCCCCUCUCAGGACCCCAUGCCCAUCACCUGUAAGGAGCCCAUCCCCUCUCAGGACCCCAUGGCCAUCACCUGUGAGGAGCCCAUCCUCUCUCAGGACCCCAUCACCUGUGAGGAGCCCAUCGCCUCUCAGGACCCCAUCCCCAUCACCUAUGAGGACCCCGUCACCUGUGAGGAGCUCAUCCUCUCUCACGACCCCGUCACCUGUGAGGAGCUCAUCCUCUCUCACGACCCCGUCACCUGUGAGGAGCUCAUCCUCUCUCACGACCCCGUCACCUGUGAGGAGCUCAUCCUCUCUCACGACCCCGUCACCUGUGAGGAGCUCCUCCUCUCUCACGACCCCGUCACCUGUGAGGAGCUCCUCCUCUCUCACGACCCCGUCACCUGUGAGGAGCUCCUCCUCUCUCACGACCCCGUCACCUGUGAGGAGCUCCUCCUCUCUCACGACCCCGUCACCUGUGAGGAGCUCCUCCUCUCUCACGACCCCGUCACCUGUGAGGAGCUCCUCCUCUCUCACGACCCCGUCACCUGUGAGGAGCUCCUCCUCUCUCAGGAGCCCAUCCCCAUCACCUGUGUGGAGCUCAUCCCUUCCCAGGUCCCCAUCACCUGUGUGGAGCUCAUCCCUUCCCAGGUCCCCAUCACCUGUGUGGAGCUCAUCCCUUCCCAGGUCCCCAUCACCUGUGUGGAGCUCAUCCCCUCUCAGGAGCCCAUCCCCAUUACCUGUGUGGAGCGCAUCCUCUCUCACGACCCCGUCACCUGUGAGGAGCCCAUCCCCUCUCAGGAGCCCAUCCCCAUUACCUGUGUGGAGCUCAUCCCUUCCCAGGUCCCCAUCACCUGUGUGGAGCUCAUCCCUUCCCAGGACCCCAUCACCUGUGAGGAGCCCAUCCCCUCUCAGGAGCCCAUCCCCAUUACCUGUGUGGAGCGCAUCCUCUCUCACGACCCCGUCACCUGUGAGGAGCUUAUCCCCUCUCACGACCCCGUCACCUGUGAGGAGCUUAUCCCCUCUCACGACCCCGUCACCUGUGAGGAGCUUAUCCCCUCUCACGACCCCGUCACCUGUGAGGAGCUUAUCCCCUCUCACGACCCCGUCACCUGUGAGGAACUCAUCCCCUCUCAGGACCCCAUGGCCAUCACCUGUAAGGAGCCCAUCCCCUCCCAGGACCCCAUUCCCUGUGAGGAGCCCAUCCCCUCGCAGAAACCCAUUUCCUGUGAGGAGACCAUCCCCAGUAAGGAGUCCAUCCUCUUUGAGGAGGCCACCACCUUCAGGGAAUCCACAACCUUCAACUGUUCCUCUGCCCCUGCCUCAUGUCCGGAUUAA